GUUGGCUUGUGUUUUGUAGACCAUGGAUGACAGUGAAGAUGACUGGCUGUCACUCAAGCCCCAAGAACCACUGCCAUCUCAGUGUUGCGGCAGUGGCUGCAAACCCUGCAUCUACGAUGUGUACCAGAAGGAGCUGGAGCAAUGGGAAGAGGCCAAGGCCAAACAAGACAGAAGCCUCCUGACCAGAAAGAAACCACAAUGCAAGAAUUCAGAACUGGCUCCAGAAAUGUUUAUAGCUUUCAUCAUAAGCUCUGUGGAUCAGCUGACAGAGGACACCUACCAGUAUACAUUUGAAUUGCCUGGAAAUAGCAGCUUGGGGUUGAGUUUAGGACAACAUAUUGUGCUAAGAGGACUAGCGAAUGGUUUGGAGAUUCAACGGGCCUACACUCCAAUUACUCCCGUGAACGCUGAAGGGUACUUUGAUGUUUUAAUAAAGUGCUAUGAAGGUGGACUAAUGUCGCAAUAUGUAAAAUCCUGGAAACCAGGAGAAGCAGUGUUUUGGAGAGGGCCGUUUGGAGGCUUCCCUUACAGACCUAAUCAGUAUGGAGAACUUCUUAUGCUUGCUUCGGGCACUGGCCUAGCACCAAUGCUCCCCAUCAUCCAGCACAUAACAGAAAAUGAGAACGAUGAAACAUUUGUAACCCUGGUGGGCUGCUUCAGAACUUUUGAAAAUAUUUACAUGAAGACUCUUCUUCAAGAUCAGUCACGAUACUGGAACAUAAGGACAUUUUAUGUUCUAAGCCAGGAACACUCACUUGAAAACCUGCCUUGGAGCUAUCAAAAGACUACACAUCUUGGCCGGAUAAAUGAGAGCUUGUUAAGAACUAUGAUGAACACAUGUAGAAGGCAACCUUUUGUGUUGAUAUGUGGCUCUGUAGCCUUUACUAAUGAUAUGGAGAGAUACUUAAAAGCCAUUGGUCUUCAGGAAGAUUCAUAUUUUGUAUUUUAGAAAAUGUUGUAAAAAAAAAAAUUAC